AUGGCAUCCACCAUCGUUCUCCCCUCUGAUGCAACUGCCGCUACUGUUGCCGUUUACUCGCCGUUGUUUUACCGUCGCUGGUCGCCGCCGAAGUCAUCCGAAAACCAUCUUCGACAUCCGUCAUACAACGCGUCUGCUGCCACUGUGUUGCACGCCGCCUCAACCGAGUGGUGGUUGACCGUUUAUCACCGAGUAACAGGGGGGUAUCAAAUACAUGAAGAGGAGGGUUGUGGGUUUCAUGGGUAUACGAGUGUGACGACAAUGUCAACUGGACCGUCAUCAAGAUCCCGUCACCCACCACUUUCUCGCCAAGAAAAGAGAGACAAACGUCUUGAUGCUAUCAUCGCUAAACAAGUAGCAAAAGCUCUGAGUGAUGUCUACGAGAACGUAAAGGAAGCGUCAUACACUCGUCUUUGUGAAACCAAAAGCAUUUUAACUGUUAACGGGCAAUUUCCGGGACCAACUUUGUAUGUUCGCAAAGAAGAUACUAUUUAUGUCAAGGUGCAUAACAAUGGGAGAUACAAUAUCACCAUUCACUGGCAUGGAGUAAAACAACCUAGAAAUCCAUGGUCAGACGGCCCUGAAUAUAUCACACAGUGUCCAAUUCAACCCGGUGACUCAUUUAACUAUAAGGUCAUAUUUUCUAUGGAGGUGGGAACACUUUGGUGGCACGCUCAUAGCGACUGGUCUCGAGCCACGGUCCAUGGAGCGAUUGUGGUGCACCCUCAACCUGGCACAUACUCCCCUUUCCCCGAGCCGUAUGAAGAAGUACCCAUAAUAUUCGGUGAGUGGUGGAAGAAAGAUGUAAUGGAAGUCCUUCAAGAAUUUGUUGAAUCUGGUGGUGCCCCUAGAGAUUCUGAUGCUUACACCAUUAAUGGUCAGCCUGGUGACUUUUAUCCAUGCUCAAGCCAAGCUACCUUCAAGUUAAAUGUGGAAUACGGGAAAAGGUAUGUUUUGCGUAUGGUAAAUGCGGCGAUGAAUGAAAUACUCUUUUUUGCCAUUGCAAAUCAUUCGCUAACCGUUGUGGGAGCUGAUGGUAGCUACACCAAGCAAUUGACUAAAGAAUAUGUGGUAAUUUCCCCUGGUCAAACACUUGAUUGUAUGCUCGAAGCAAACCAAGUUCGACCAGGGAGUCGCUACUACAUGGCGGCUAGAGCAUAUUCUUCUGCCACAGGCGUUAGUUUUGAUAACACCACCACCACCGGGAUCCUCCAAUACGACAGUCGUGGUGAUUCUAUCUUAACCACCACCACCACAUCUCCUAUACUUCCUUCCUUACCCUAUUACAAUGACACCACCGCCGCUUUUGACUUCCUUGGUGGGUUAAGAAGCUUUGAGCCGCUAAAAUUCCCAUUAAGUGCGUAUGACACACGUAUAUAUUCAACCGUUUCUGUAAACACAUUCCCAUGUAAGAACAACUCGUGUGCGGGCCCAAAUGGUACACGACUCGCGGCUAGUAUGAACAACAUUAGCUUUGAAUUUCCCUUGGUUGACAUACUUGAAGCAUACUAUUAUCACAUCAAUGGUGUGUUUAGCACCCGAUUCCCUAGUGUUCCGCCAUUGUAUUACAAUUUUACCGAUACCAAUUUACCGGCGAUUCUACUAACACCUAAGAGGGCGACAAAAGUUAAGGUGAUAGAAUAUAAUACAACAGUGGAGGUGGUUUUUCAAGGGACCGCUUUGGUUGCGGGGCUUGAUCAUCCUAUGCAUUUACAUGGGUUUAACUUCUAUGUCGUCGGAUGGGGAUUUGGUAACUUUGAUGAAAAGAAGGAUCCCUUGAACUAUAACCUAGUUGACCCCCCGUUCAGGAACACUGUUCUUGUUCCCAUAAACGGGUGGGCCGCAAUUAGGUUCAAGGCUCAUAACCCAGGUGUAUGGUUUUUGCAUUGUCAUAUCGAACGUCAUCUUACGUGGGGGAUGGAGACGGUAUUCAUCGUUAAGAAUGGCAAACAGACUCAAGAAAGCAUGCUGCCACCGCCUGUUCACAUGCCGCGAUGCUAA